CGCUCUCUGAUUGGCCGUUCUCUGUCACGUGGCCCGCCCCCGAGCAGCCCCGCCCCUCGGCCGACGGGAGGCCGCUCUGACGGAGCUCGAGCUCGCGCGCAGUCCGGUUCACCGACACCUGGGAGAGCGCGCGCGGAUGCACCUGCGGUCACCGAUCAUGGCACUCGUGUGGUCUCUCUUCGGAGCUGUGCUCGUCCUCCGAUCUCGCUCCGAGCGUCUCUGAGAGGAAGCAUGCUGUCGGGAGGCUGGCGUCGUGGGACGGUCGUCUCGGGCUCGCGGCUGGGCGGCCCUGUGGUUCUGGAGGCUCAGUAUGAUUACUCGUACCGCGCCGCCGACGGCCGCCUGGUCUCCAUCCACGAGGGCGAGCGCUUUCUGCUGCUGAAGAAGACCAACGCGGACUGGUGGCAGGCUCGGAGGAUCGGGGGCGGAGCCAAGGUCAAGCCCAUCUAUGUGCCGGCGACGUACGUCAUCGAGCUGCCCGUCAGCCAGUUCCGCCCCUCGCUGGCCUCCAGCCAAUCAGCGUCCGAGAGCUUCAGGAUGAUCCCUCGAGGCUCGCUCACGCCCUGCAUGCAGACACACGGCUCAGUGCCUGAUAAGCAGUUCUGUCGUUCCAUGGAGAACCUGAACUGCAGCAGUGCCUUGACGGACAAACCCAGCGGCCGGGUCUCAGCGCGAGGACGGUUCCCGACCUUACCUCUCUCCGGUUCCACCGCCUCACCCUCGGGUCAGCUCACGGUCCCCGGGGUCCCCGGCGUCCCGAUCGCCCGCAGCCAAAGCUCCAGCAACCUUCCCCAGAACCCUUACCAGAACCAGGACCAGAGCCCCAGCAGCCCGACUAAAUCCUACAGCCAGUGGGACAUGAGCGCUGCCCGCAGACACACACACGGACACAUACAGAUCUCAUCAUCCGCCUACAUUUCCCAGAGUUCCCUGUCAGAGCAGGGGAAGCGGCAGUGGGCGGAGCCUCCCAAGCCGUUGCCGGGUCAACGACCCAUGCAGACGCUGCAGCUGUGGGAUCAGUACUGUGACCCCGGAACCGGGCGCUGUUACUACGUCAACACCGUUACCGAGGAGCGCUCGUGGAAACCGCCUCGCCGAGCUCGCGAGAGCCACGCCCACCAAAACAAGGUCGCUGUGGUUCAGCGAGACAUCAGACACCUGUCUCUCCCGUUACAGAACUCAGGAGGAGGCUCGAUGCACAGGCUCUCGCCUGACCUCUCCUACAUUACCCACGAUGCCAAUGGCUGGCAGCUGAGUCAGAGCAUGCAGCGUGCGGUCUCAUCCGAAGCGCUUAGCUCCGCCUCCGGUGCAUUUGGCGACGCCCAUCACAGAAGCUCCACCUUAACCGGAGGCGUGGCACAUGUCAGCCACUCCUACUCCAUGUUCUUGCCCUCGCAGGCGCAGAGAACUUCUGCAAACGGCCAGUCAGAUUACAGGCUGCUGGUGGACCCUCCUUCAUCUGACAGCUCACCAGACAGUGAAGGAGUCACACCGGAACUGGAAAAGGCCGGUCUUCUCAACAAAACCAAGAUAGCAGAAGGAGGCAGGAAACUGAGGAAAAACUGGAACCCAUCAUGGGUGGUGCUGGUGGGAAACAGCCUCGUCUUCUUCAAAGACCCCAAAAGCCAGAAUCCUGACAGCUGGAAACCGGGUAACAGCCGCCCGGAGAGCAGCGUGGAUCUGAGAGGAGCUCAGCUUCAGUGGGCCAACGACCUGUCCAGCAGAAAAAACGUCUUCAAGCUGAGGACGAUUACGGGUAAUGAGUUUUUGCUGCAGUCGGAGACAGAAUCACUCAUCAAAGAAUGGUACAGAACCAUCCAGAACGUCAUCGACAGACUGGAUAAAGAGAAUCCUCUGGAUAAUGUGCUGCAGUAUUCCCUGAGGAGAGCCGGAUCAGUCGAGAUGCUCGAUCAAAGCGGAGACGAGGAUGAGAAUCGCGGUGGAAAUAAGACUUCCUUGCCUCGUUCCGCGUCUAACCUGGAGAACUCGGAGCACAAGCGAGUGAAGAGCCGCUUGAAGAAGCUGAUUCUCCGGAGGCCUCCGCUGCAGACUCUUCAGGAGAAAGGACUCAUUAAAGAUCAGGUGUUCGGCUGUGGGCUAGAGCUGCUGUGUGAGCGAGAGAAAAGCACUGUUCCUCAGUUCGUCAGAAAAUGCACAGAUGCCGUGGAGAGGAGAGGCUUGGAGACGGAUGGGAUUUACAGAGUCAGCGGGAAUCUGGCUGUCAUUCAGAAACUGCGCUUUGCUGUCAAUCAUGAGCGAGCUGUGACCACAGACGGACGUUAUCUCUUUCCUGAGGAUUUAGUGCAAGAGCGUCUGGAUCUGGACGACCCGCAGUGGGAGGACAUCCACGUCAUCACCGGAGCGCUCAAGCUGUUCUUCAGAGAGCUGCCCGAGCCGCUCGUCCCGUACGGGUUCUUCCACGACGUCGUCGAGGCCGCCAAACUAUCUGAUUACACGGAGAAGGUGGACAAACUGAAGAUGCUGGUCAUCAGCAUGCCUCCACCAAACCAGAGCACCUUAAGACACAUGAUCCGGCACCUCAGACGCGUGGAAGUUCUGAGCUGCUGCUGGAUCGCCGGAGACCGACUCUGUGUGUGUGUGUGUGUGUGUGUGUGUGUGUGUGUGUGUGUGUUCAGGGUGAUGGAGAGCUCGGACAGGAACCGCAUGACCACGCAGAACAUCGGCAUCGUCUUCGGCCCCACGCUGAUGCGGCCCGAGAACGAGAGCGGGAACAUGGCCAUCAACAUGGUGUACCAGAACCAGGCCAUCGAGCUGCUGCUCAGUCACUUCCUGCAGAUCUUCGGAGCCGAGCCCGCGGCGCCCCACUGAAACAAUCCCAGGAUGCACCGGGGCGCCAGAGCCAUCUCACCGGAACACACCUCAGCUCAGAAAUAAGGAGAAUAAUAGCAAUGAAAAGAAAUUAGCUUUUGCAUAAAGAAAAUGUUUUUUAGGAUCAUAAGAUAAUAUAAUAAUUAACGCUGUCAAACGAUUAAUCGCUUCGUUUGUUUACGUAAUAUAUGUGUGACGCGUGUGUGUGUGUGUGUGUGUGUG